AUGCGCCUGGGCCACUACCGCCGAUCUUGCGACAGGUGCCACGACCAGAAGCUGCGCUGCAGGCGCGACGACAACGAACAGAGCUGCCAACGAUGCCAGCGGGCCAAGGCGAAGUGCACCGUCUCGGGCGUGCCCCAGGGCCCCCGUGCCGCCAACAGCGCCUUUGCUGGGCAAGGCUCCGUCGCCGUUCUGAGUGACGCAGACCAAGAGAUCGCCGAGACAAUGGCCUUGGCUAGCGCCAACACCACAGAUCACCGACUUCCAAGAACCCCCAAGUCGCACCAGGGCCUGCUGCCCGACCUCGCCAUGGGUCGGCAGGCCCUGGGACUCGACUUCUCCUUCGCCGACGCCCCUCUCCACGAGAGCGACUUGAGUUGGGAUAGCAUGAUCCACUCCGCCUUCCCCGUGGGCACCAGCUCCGAAAGCAGCAUUGUCUCUUCUGUCACGAAUGCCCAGUCGAACACCAUGGGCAUGUCCACUUACGGCGGUGGCUUGGGGAGCAUGUUCCACCACAAGGAAUUCACAGACGGCAGCCUGCUGGCGGCGACCACUCCCCAGUCGUUAGAUAUGCCCAGUUUCUCGCCACCCGCGUCCGAUCUGGCGUCCGGUCGCACAGCGGCUGCAGAACGGAACCAGGCAAUGAUCAGUCGUGGAGUGCGGCAGCUUUCCGAUCUGAGUCUCGAGCUGUACAGUUUUGCGUCGCUGAUGCCGCCCGCCAGCGCGUGGGACCGUCCGGGCGAGUACAGCCCACUGGAGGGCAAGGAGUUUGCGCUGGAUCGAGUCCUCAAGAUCUCGCAGCUCUUCAUUGAGACGCUGGACCGCCUGUUUCCCAAGUCGCACAAGAACGACGACGACGUGACGGUAGAGCCGCCGUCUCUCGACCAGCCGUGUCAGCUGAUCGUGCUGUCGUCCUAUCUUCGCAUCAUUGAGAUUUACCACAACAUCCUGGAGCACGUGGCGGCCUGUGCGCGUCUAAAGAGGUCUACGGCAAACUCAAAUCCAAACUCAAACUCGAACUCUGUCCCGUCCAAUCGCUUUAUGCACCUGCCAAGCCUCGCUAUAGGCAGCUUCACCAUGGAGUCGUCGACCACGACACAAGUGCUGGUGUUGGUCCAAGUAAUCGAGAUCAUGAUGACGCGGUCGCGAUACUUGAUCCAGUUCAUGGUCAAUGCUGGGAAGGAUGGAGACGCUACCAGCAUGGAGGGUGAUUCGGAGCGAGAACGAAGGCCCACAGCUGGUGAGGCAUCUCUGGAGGGACUCAAAUCUACCGAGGACGCAACUCUAGCUAUGGUAGAACAGGUCAGGGGACUGCUUUUUGAGCUCGUCUUGUCACGGUCAUGA